GUCUUCCCAUCUUCUAACUCCACCUUCCCCUUCUCGCCCUUAUCCAGCUUCCUGCAUUUCUGAAUUCCUCUCUCUCUCUCUCCCCUCUUUCCAUUCAUUUCACUAAUAACUUAUUUCCAUGAACUGUUGAAUUCAUGAAUCCUGUGCAUGCCACGUGGCCACUCUGAUUGUCCCCACCUUCAUCUUCUCCAUUAAUCCCAUCUUUUCUCUCUCUCAGCUCAUCUCAUGCUGCAUUUAAUACUAGGUGGUUUUGAGUCUUCGCCUCUUACUUUUCUUCUUCCUCACUGUAUGCUUCUCUUCAAUUGUCUGAGUCUUCGGCGGAUGAAGCCCAGGAAUGAUUCUCAUACUCUAUUCUGGAAUUUCUACACGAUGCCACGAGUGAAUUAUGAGUGAUAUAGUGACCCAGCUUCUUUGAUCGAACCCAACAUGGGAGUUUGUGUCUCUAAGCCCCAGAAGCCGAACCCAUACGGGGUUAGGCAAACAGAAGAAGACCAUGAUCGGUAUGAAGAUUCUUCUCAAGUCCCAAAAUCCCCGCUUUCUCCCAUCGCCAACAACUACAAUCGGAAAGAUGACGUCACGACCGGGAAGCAGUCUCCGUUCUUCCCCUUCUACAGUCCCAGUCCAGCUCAUUUUCUGAAAAAUUCUCCGGUGUCGACGCCGGGGGCGAGCAAGAGCGCGAGUUCGACUCCAAGGAGGUUCUUCCGGAGGCCUUUUCCUCCGCCGUCGCCGGCCAAGCACAUAAAGGCUUUGCUGGCGAAGAGGCAGGGGAGGAAGGCAGCGACAGCGAUACCCGAAGAGGGGGAGGAAGAAGAAUCGAGAGAUUUGGACAAGAGGUUUGGUUUUUCGAAGGAGCUCACCAGUAGAUUGGAGGUUGGGGAAGAGGUAGGCAGAGGACAUUUUGGUUAUACAUGCUCUGCUAGGUUCAAGAAAGGUGAACGUAAGGGUCAGCAAGUGGCGGUGAAGGUCAUUCCUAAAUCUAAGAUGACAACGGCAAUUGCAAUUGAAGAUGUUAGAAGGGAGGUGAAAAUAUUACGAGCCUUAACUGGACACAAUAAUCUGGUGCAAUUCUAUGAUGCAUUUGAAGACCAAGAUAAUGUCUACAUUGUAAUGGAGUUAUGUGAAGGAGGCGAGCUGUUAGAUAGAAUACUUUCAAGAGGUGGGAAAUACUCAGAAGAUGACGCAAAAGCUGUCUUGAUACAAAUAUUGAAUGUUGUUGCGUUCUGUCAUCUUCAGGGUGUGGUGCACAGAGAUCUUAAGCCAGAGAAUUUUUUGUAUGUGUCAAAGGAUGAGAAUGCUGAAUUAAAAGCUAUUGACUUUGGAUUAUCAGACUUUGUCAAACCAGAUGAAAGGCUCAAUGAUAUUGUGGGUAGUGCAUACUAUGUGGCUCCUGAAGUUCUACAUAGAUCUUACAGUACAGAAGCUGAUGUGUGGAGUAUCGGCGUGAUAGCUUAUAUUCUCUUAUGUGGUAGUCGUCCAUUUUGGGCACGAACAGAGUCUGGUAUAUUUAGGGCUGUUCUGAAAGCUGAUCCAAGCUUUGAUGAACCUCCUUGGCCGUCCUUAUCUUCAGAAGCAAGAGAUUUUGUUAAGCGCCUGUUGAAUAAGGACCCAAGGAAGCGAAUAUCAGCUGCCCAGGCUCUAAGUCAUCCUUGGAUUAGGAAUUUCAACAAUGUAAAAGUUCCUCUUGAUAUUUUAAUAUUUAAGCUCAUGAAGGCCUAUAUGCGAUCAUCAUCCUUGCGCAAGGCUUCUUUAAGGGCGUUGUCAAAGACAUUGACUGCUGAUGAGCUCUAUUAUUUGAAGGAGCAAUUUGCUCUGCUGGAGCCAAGCAAAAAUGGCAGCAUAACAUUAGAAAACAUCAGCAUGGCGCUGAGGAAACACGCAACAGAUGCCAUGAAAGAGUCCCACAUUUCUGACUUUAUGGCCUCGCUAAACUCAUUACAAUAUAGAAGAAUGGGUUUUGAAGAAUUUUGUGCGGCUGCAUUAAGUGUGUAUCAGCUUGAAGCCCUUGAUCGCUGGGAACAACAUGCACGCUGUGCAUAUGAAAUUUUUGAGAAAGAUGGAAACAGAGCUAUUGUCAUUGAAGAACUUGCUUCAGAACUUGGACUUGGCCCUUCUAUCCCUGUUCAUGUUGUACUUGUCGAUUGGAUAAGGCACACUGAUGGGAAGCUAAGCUUUCUUGGGUUUGUCAAAUUGUUACAUGGUGUAUCUGGCAGAACUCUUUCAAAGGUGCAAUAGAAGAGUACAGCAAUGGCUCUCGGAUAUACAGAAAUUUCUCAGCUAUUUGUGCUGCAAAUGCAAUAAUAUGUUGACUGUAUAUUAACAUUAUCUGCUGAUAGUUCACUUGAUA